AUGGCGCCUCUAGGACGGGCAACCGUUCCUCGAUUAUCCGCCGCUCAACCAUUUUCACACGCAGCGGAUGAGGCGACAUCGGCCUGGCCAGCGAGCUUGGAUACACAGAUCCUCGGGAUACAGGUGAGAUGGAUGAAUCACGAGAAGGCUCCGCUGCCGUUAGCUGGUGCCCUUCCGAGUUAUCCCGAUCAUAGGGACCAGGCUGAUUUGCAAGGCGUGGCAAUUGUGGACGGCGUCGCCCGAGCAGGCCUGAGGCGAACGAGGAUCAUGAGGCAAAGGAGGCUGCUUUUCGACAUUACGCCUGGCAGGGGAUCACCCGCCCAUAUACUCUGUAUGCGAAGCGAUGAUGUCGACGAAUGCGCACGAGACAUAUUUGCAUUCCGCUGGACAAUGGUGGACAAUGGCGGGGUCUAA